GAGCGAGUGCAGGAGAGCUGGAUUGCUUGGGCGCGCCGAUAGCCAGGUUCGGACAGGGUUAAGAACAUCACCUGCCGUUGAAGUGCGACCCACAUGGGAAGUAGGAAGUGCCGCGCCUGAGCUUCCUGUAUAAAUAAACGCGCGGCUCCCGGCGCGGCUGUUGGCGUGCUGCGCCCCACGCUCUGCAAGGUUCCCGGCCAUCGGCCAUCGCAGCUGCGCCCCAAGGCGGGAGGCGGUUAUAGGUACUCAUCUUCCUCUGGCCCGAGUCCUGUUGCAUUCCUGCAGAGUGUAAGGCUGUCAGCCGCAGAGCACGGAGGAAGAGGGAGAGAAUGGAACAGCUCCUCCUCCCCGGGGUGCGAGCAGCCCCAGCCGGCGGUGCGCUCCAGAGAAGCUGCUGAGGAGCCCGGCGGCCGGGAGGAACGUAGCUCUCUCGCCAGGGAUUAAGGAGACUGAAGAGGCUGAAAAUAGGCUGAUGAGCUCCGUUGGUAGGCUCCACUAUCUCACCAUGACUGCCGAAAAUCCUGCCGAAAAUCCAACGCCUGGAGACCUGGCUCUGACCCCCCUCGUCACUUGCAAACUCUGCCUGUGUGAGCAGUCUCUGGACAAGAUGACCACACUCCAGGAAUGCCGCUGCAUCUUUUGCACAGCCUGUCUGAAACAAUACAUGCAGCUGGCAAUUCGAGAAGGAUGUGGGUCUCCCAUCACUUGCCCUGACAUGGUGUGCCUGAACCACGGGACCCUGCAGGAGGCUGAGAUUGCCUGUUUGGUACCUGUGGAUCAGUUUCAGCUUUAUCAGCGGUUAAAAUUUGAACGAGAAGUUCACCUGGACCCCUGCAGAACGUGGUGUCCUGUUGCAGACUGUCAGACAGUGUGCCCUGUUGCAUCUAGUGACCCAGGACAGCCGGUGCUGGUGGAAUGUCCUUCUUGCCACCUGAAGUUCUGCUCAUGUUGCAAGGAUGCUUGGCACGCAGAGGUCUCCUGUAAAGAGAGUCAGCCUGUGGUCCUGCCAACAGAGCAUGGGACCCUCUUUGGGACAGAGGCAGAAGCCCCCAUUAAGCAGUGCCCAGUGUGCCGGGUUUAUAUCGAACGCAACGAAGGCUGUGCUCAGAUGAUGUGUAAGAACUGCAAGCACACGUUUUGCUGGUACUGCCUCCAGAAUCUGGAUAAUGACAUUUUCCUCAGACAUUAUGACAAAGGGCCGUGUAGGAAUAAGCUCGGCCACUCCAGAGCCUCGGUGAUGUGGAACAGAACGCAGGUGGUCGGGAUUCUGGUGGGGCUGGGCAUCAUUGCCUUGGUGACUUCACCCUUGCUGCUUCUGGCUUCCCCGUGUAUAAUCUGUUGCAUCUGCAAAUCCUGCCGGGGCAAGAAGAAAAAGCACGACCCAUCCACAACCUAAAGAUCUCUGUUCGUGUCCACGUGCCACAGAUGCCUGGGUUAUACGAGACCACACAGUGAUAAAACCCCACUUAGCGAACUCGCUUCCUCCUCCUCCUUGCCAAACUUUGGAAGUGCCUCUAUGUCCAGACCUUGAACUUGCCUCCCCGCCUUCAGGAUCCAGAAAGGCCAAGCACUGGGUGGGGGGGUGUGCCCAUGUAAAGAGGACCAGGUUCAGCAGUCCAGGCUGUGUCUGUGGAGCAUGUUGGGAAGCCUUGGGGUGAUGGGGAGGAACUAACACAUCGUCAUGGUAUCAGCCAAAGGAUCCCGCCGGACUGUGCAACUUCCCGCCAAAUCCAGGGAGCCUGAAAGAACAUUUGGUCCAAUAAACGUGCUGCCAACCACGACAACACACAUGGUAACUGAAAGGCCAGAGUCUGUUCCGUGUUGAUUUGACCACCCUGAGAAGCGUGAGGAAAACCCCUGGUAGGAGAGGAAGAAUUAGACUGUUUGAGGGGAAAUUCUUUUAAGAAUUAGAGUGCUUGUAAGAAUUGUAUGAGGGCUGCUUCUCUUAGGAGUUGAUUCUGAUGGUUCUACCUCUGCUGGUGGUUACUGUGUGUGCCGUUCCCAUCAUUGCCCUGGUAAGUUGGCAGAAACACAAUAGGUUUCUCCUUGUGGGAUCUCAGCUUUAAGCAGGAGAAACUGCUGUGCAGAAGGGGUUGUCAUCCCCCCCCCCCCACUGCACCCAGAAAAGGGCUGGAGCAGGUAAAACAAUCUGGUCUAAUUUAGUAUCUCUCUCCUGGGUGAUAAACUUCUUCGAACAGCCCGUAGCUGUGACGUAUGGGUAGAGUGGCAGGGUUUAAAAUCUUCAUCAUAGGUAACAGGGGCCUUUCUUGAGCUCUUUGUUCAUAUACCCAACAAAUUUAGAAUUAGACCUAAAAGUAUACAACAGGAGAGAAUAUUAAAGUCCAUAGGUAUAUCUGGAAUUCACAUAACUUGCUGCCUAUCUAGAAUUUCUAUUCACUGGGCAUGCAUGGAUAUACCCAAGAGUACACACAAAAUAAAUGUUUACUUAAAAGCCAUUCUGUCUUCUGGGACUCAUAUUUGGUUUAUUAUAAAUCAACUUUAAAAGGUUUUUUUGCAUAUUAUGUAUGUAAAUUUUGGUUACAGUUAAGUUCAUAAGUUAUCCAAAGGUGUCAACGCUUUUAAAACAGUGCUUCGUACGAUAUCAUGCCAUCCCAGUUUGUAAAAACACUAACUGAUAAUUAAGUUACUUACACAGUUUCAAAUGCAAUUCAGAACAACUCUCUUCCCAGCAGCUUUGUUCUUUCAGCAUCUGUUAGGGCAAUCAAGAGUACUUUUUGUAUGUACAGGGCACUGAUAAAACAACAAAAAAUGUCUGAGAAAUGAAAGGUAAAUGCUUGGUGUGUCUUACGUAGUUUGGGUUUUUAUCACCUCACUGUGGCUUAUUUUUCCCAUUAUUCCCUUAGUCAGAUUUUGAAUAAACGAGUUUUGAAAAGACAGUAACUUUUACUCUAAUGACAGGAUUACAUAAAUGCCAUUGGCAAUGUAGCCUGGUGCUGCGUGAGAACCGUGUUAAAUGUUAGUGGACAGCUCUCUUUGAAGCCAAGGGUACCACAUCAGGAAUUGUCAGGACCUCUGAUAUUUUCUGAGAUAGCUGGGUAACUAGCCUAUUAAACUGCUGCUAUCCUUGAUCUGUUUUGAAAGAGUGAUGCUUUGCCUGUGUAAUGGAUUGUAUUCUAAGCGGGGAUGUGUAUAUUUAAGGAACUUUAAUUUGUGUGUACAUAUUACUAUCUGAUUGGUGUGUAAUACAUCUGGUUGUGUACAUUUUUAUUUACAGUUUGUAUAAAACAUAGACGAGAACUCUGGGAAAACUUUUGAAUGGCAACCAACCAAAAAAGAUUUUUAAUCAUUCAUUAGAAAUUUCUCAAUAUUGAAUGUCUUUAUUUCCCCUGGAAACUCUAAACAUUUCAGAGAAGAAAAAAUCAGUAUCUUUCUUCUAUCAUCAUAUUUCAUGUGGGUAUAAAUAUAAAUGUACAUAUAUUUGAAUAAUUUGCUUUGUCUGACACUGCCUCAUUAUUAGCACAGGGCAUUUAUAACUGCUCAGGGGAUCACAGGAACUCAGCUGAAACUGAACUUUUGAAUCAAGAAUGUCAGUCUUGGUAAUAUACUCUUCCAUUAAUGUACUCUCCAAGAUUGCUUCCACAAAGAAUCUUGAAACAGGGGCAAUUUCAAGUAGCCUAAAAUGCUGUUAUCAGAGGCACAGCUCCUGAAUUUGGAGUAAAGGUGAAAGAAUCCAUCUAUGCUAUUUCCUUGGCAAAACUGAAGGUCUUCUCACAGAGAUACUAUAAAAGAAUUAGCUUACUUUUUUUGGGGGGAGAGGGGACCUGUUUGUCAAGUAGAUUUAAAAUAACUGGAUUUAAGUUUUCAAAUGUUGAAAAGUGCCUGAAAAGUGGUGACUUCUUCCUUAAGUGGCCCAACGACUUGGCCUGUGUAAGAUUGUUGGAAUCAACAGGAACAGCUUGGUUGGUUAAAACCCAAAGAUAUCUCUGGUGCAUCAAAGGGCAAGAUGCAAACCAGUCUAGAGAUUUUGUUUAUAAUAGAGAAAGCUGAUGACUUUGAUAACAGAGACUGACGUUUUCAUUUUGUAGAAUUGGCCAGAUAAAGGGUUUAACCUUGUCACCUUCCUCUGUUUGUUGGCUGUGUUCUUUCAUAGUGAUUCUUUCUGUACUAGGAAGAAAUAUGGGUCUGUGUAAUGUUUGGAUCUUAGGGCAAACGUGUGUGUGUGUGUGUGUGUGUGUUUGGAGUAGUAUAUAGUCCAUUUGAAAUAGAAAUCAAACAGAUCCAUCACCAUGUUGUUAUCUGGAUGGAAUAACUCACCAUUGGAUGUAAUGGCCUAACAUCUAGCUGUUGCCCCUUGUGGGAAUUUUUCUCUUGUUAUUAGGUAGGGAAGUGAAGGGGAAAAUGUUAUGGAAGCAAAUUGUAGAAUCUUAGGCAUCCUGUUUGUUCAUGCCAUGGAUGUUUGCUCUGGACUUCAAAUCUCUAGUUUGAAAGAGGCCUUGGAAAAACAAAUAAUUCACAGUGUGAAUUUUCUUGUAGCCGGUAUCACAAAAAUCUCACCUCCAGGUUUGAAAAUCUACAUGUGUAUUCGAAUGUAAAUCACUGUUUCUUGGAACCCCCCAAUUGUCUCUUAAAAAUUACAUUGAAUCUAAAUAUGUAUUACUUCAGCCUUUCUUACACAGUGCUUCUAAAAGACUUUUGGUCCCUGAAUGGAUGCCUUUAUGUGUAUAGAAUCAUGUGUUAUAUGUAGCUUUAAAGACAGUUUCAGAAUGCCUCAGAUGAAUGACAUUUUUUAAAGCUGUUACAAUUGAUAUCUAUAGGCUCUUCUAUCUCAUGUUGAUUCACAAUCCAGAAAGUUUUGUUAUGUAUUUAAGAAAUUGCUGUUGUAUUAUAUUUUUCCAAGUAUUCGAGAAGAAAAUAGCUGUUUUAGUCUCUCUGGCCCCAAUAAAUGUGGAGCAGGAA